UUACACGCUUCAAAUCCACUUCCGCAGCCGCGCGUCAGUUGUCGGUUGACGAACUCCUAACCUAGCUACUCAACAGCCUAACCUCAAUUAUCCCUAUUUUUGGAAAAGCUAUGUUUUUCCGCAAGCUGUCCGGCCGUUUGCUGCGUUGCGGCGCAGAUCGGGCCUACAGCUACUCCAAGACACCCUCAGCUUUCACCAGGGCCCCAAUUAGAACCACUCCUGAUGACCUGCUCAAAGGCGCACUGGAAACCGUAAAACCAGUGAAAGAGCAGGACUGGGAUCAACUGAAAAGCCUGGUGCUAAGCGCACAGCACCGGGGGAUGCUCCGGGACGACAACAUCGAUGGGAUGAUUAUGGUGACUAUUGCACAACUAAAAAGAAUAGACUUGGCGAAAAGUUACUUGGACUAUCUGAAAGCCAACGGAACCAAGCCCAACUUAGCAACCGCUGGACGAUACUUGUCCAUUUUGUACGAACAUCACAGGGACAAUAUCUCCAAGCCCAUUGAAAGCGAAAUAGUCGCCAUGUGCUCGGAAAUGCGGACAAACAACCCGAUUUUGGACUCGAAAACGUUAGACUUCAUAGUGCGGGCGCUGUCCUUGACAAAGGACUGGAGGAAAUGUCUUGAGUUUAUGAAGGAAAUUAAAUUAACCGGCUUCAUUUCCACUGCGACGUACAACGCGAUGGCGGCCGCAGCCUUUCGCAACACGGACGAAAAACUGGCCUGGAGCCUCCUGCGGGAAGCCCUUGAAUCUGAAAAGACCCUAAGCAGCACCCCAUUUCUUGCAUACCUGAAAACGCUGAAGCGACUGCGUAAGCGGGAAGACACCAUCAAGGGCCUCGAGAAGAUGUUCAAGUUUUUCAAAGAAAGCGAAAUCCCUUGCCACGAAGGCCUAGUGGACGACAUCAUCCAGUCUUUCAAGCUGGGCGAGAAAACCACAGUAACAUUUGCAGGAAAAUGCCGAUGCUGUGGAGCUAAGCUCGAUCAGAUGGAGCUAACUGAUGGGGAAUUCGCCGAUCUUAGGGCGCUGUUUUUCGCAAACGCCAUAGUGGGCAAAGACAUCUUCAUCAAGUCGAACCCAGAGGAAAUGGCUCGGUUUCAGGACUUUAUCGCCAACAUGGCCCCACACGAUGUGGUGCUGGAUGGACUGAAUGUGGCCUAUUCAAUUGGAGUGAAAUCUGGCGCUCAAUACCAAUCGAAACUCCUGGCCAAUGUUGUAUCGCACUUCCGAGAACAAAACAAGACUGUUUUGGUAUUGGGGCGCAUGCAUAUGAACCGUUGGCCGCGAGACAAAUGGGACUUCGUCAGAAGGAACGCCACGCUGUUUUUAACGCAAAAUAUUUCCCAGGACGAUCCCUAUCUGCUCUACUGCGCCCUCAAAUCCGGCAAGGAUACAAUAGUGGUGACCAGGGACCUGAUGCGCAACCACAGAUUCGUUCUUAAAGACCGCAAAUACAAGGUUUUGUUCAAUAGGUGGCUGACGCAAAGGCAGUACAUGCCUUUGAAUUGCCACUCGAGAAGGGUGACUUUCAAGAAACCCCCGGAUUUCAGCGCGAUCGCCCAGGAAAAGUGGCACGUCCCCUACACGCCGAAAACCGGGCCCCAAACGGACGAAUCCCAUCAUCAAACAUGGUUGUGCAUUGACUGCAGUUAAUAAAGCUAUCGAUCAAUA